CGUGGCCGCUUCCCCUCAGAAGGGAGAGCAGACACCUCCCGCCUCUCUCCUGAGGGAAAGGAGAUGCAGGGCCCCGCGGCAGCAAGGCCAGGGCAGAGGCCUCGGGGCCGGCCGCCCUCCCAGAGCUGCCGGUGGGGAAAGAGGCUUGCCCGCGGUCCCGGCCCUGGGGAAGGUCAGCGGCAGGAGCGGGAACUCCCGACCCGGCAGAGGAGCCGCCUUCGCUCCCCCGACCCGUGUGUCACCAUGUGGGGCGGCCUCCCCGCCCCGCAAAGCAAACAGGCCGGGGAGCUUCCCCCGAUGACUAACAGUUUCUCCGCGACGGCGGGGGCGGCCGUCCCUCGGUUCCCCGACGACGACCCCAUCCCACCGCCCCUCCGGCGCGGGCGAGGCGGUUUCACAGCCCCUUUACCGGGACCGACCGCACCUCGGGGCGACCCUCACCCCCUCCCUCCCGCCCCUCAGGGGCCGCUGCUCUCCCUCCCCAGCCCUGCGGAAGAGGCUGUAUUCGGGCCGGGCCGGGAGGAGAGCGGGGAGCCGCCCUGCCCCAUCCAGUUUCGCCCAGGUGCAGGGGGAGGGGGCGGCGGUUUAACAUCGCGCCCGGCCGGCCCGGGAGGAGGAGGAGGAGCCGCUGCCACCGCCCCCUGCGCGUCCCAGGUGUAA